AUGAAUACAAGCAGAGAAUAUGUGGAAUACAAGAUGAAUACAAGCAGGAUACACGUGGAAUACAAGAUGAAUACAAGCAGAGUACACGUGGAAUACAAGAUGAAUACAAGCAGAAUACACGUGGAAUACAAGGACACAGGAAGAACCUACAGAGAAAUUUCAACAACUACGUGGAACGAGAUUAACCCAGGGAAACUAUCUUACCCGAACCUUCUUGCCAACAGAGUGAGACUGAUCCUCCAGAACGAAAAGUUGUCCAGUGUUGAAUUGGAAGUCAUUAAGAAAAGCAUAAGGCCUCACACGACUAUCAAAGCAGAGAACACAGAUGCCGAUAUCAAGGAAACCCAUCCAGAGACCCAAAUUGAACCAACCCUUCAAUGGGACAAAACCACCCAACUCUUCAUGAAAAACUGGAAGAUGUAUGCAAAAGUAUCUCCGCAGGAUAGACCAAGAAUACCAAGGCUCAAAGGCUCACGAAAAAUCCUGGAAAGCGUUGAAAGAACAAACUCGGCGAUAAAAUCUAGAAUACAAGAGGGCUCCGAUCUUGAAGAUCUGAUUGACUGUGUGUACGCGGGGGCAAUCACAGUUUGUGAGGAAAAUGGGAUUAUACUGUGCGAUAGAGAAUUCAAGCCGAAAGAAGAAAAAAUGACUCCUUGGAGAACGCGCCUGGAAAGAAAAAUUAUCAAUAUUAGAAAAAAAAUAGCCUCAGAACAUCACAUCAAGACGAAUAACGAACAACUCAGGCAGAAGCUUAUAAUAUUAUCUGAUACUCUGAAACAAAAAAUCAAGGCUUUAGGAAACCGUAUCAGGCGAUAUAAUGAAAGGGUUAAAAGAUAUAAAAAUAACCAACUGUUCUACAAGAAUCCCAAGCAAUUCUAUCGCACACUUGAAGAAACAUCGAUAAACAACAAAGCUUACCCAAAACUAGAAAGCGAUCACGAUGAUGAAGCGUUCUGGAUCAAGGAAGCAGAAACCGAAUCUGAUAAAUAUGUUAUGGAACAAAUAAUCAUAACUGAGCAAGACAUAAAAACCGUUCUCAAAAAAACAAACAACUGGUCUGCACCCGGACCUAACGGGAUUCAUAAUUACUGGUGGAAAUAUUUUGAUUCGACGCAUAAUGACCUGGCGAAGCUCUUUCAAAAGGCCUUAACCAACCCAUCAAUUAUACCUGAAUCCUGCACACUUGGAAUCACGCAUAUGCUUCCAAAAGGAGCGAACGGUGAAGAUCCUAAAAACUACCGACCAAUCACGUGCCUCCCGACGAUAUAUAAGAUACUCACGGGAAUACUUACACAAAAACUGUGGAAACAUGUUGGCAGGUACAAUAUCAUGGCACGUGAGCAAAACGGCUGCCGAAGGGAUGCCAAGGGGUGCAAGGAACUACUGAUCAUCGACACCAUCAUCACAAAGCAGGCAAAAAAGAAACAGCGUAACUUGUCCAUGGCGUGGAUUGACUAUAAAAAGGCCUAUGACUCUAUACCACACUCAUGGUUAAAAAAAGUCCUCAGGCUAUAUGGUGUAUCAGAGACAAUGAUCAAUCUACUCGAACAUCUGAUGGCAAAAUGGAGAACGCGCUUGCACGUGAACACUGACAAGGGAGACUACACGACGGAAGAGAUCAAAAUCAUGCGGGGAAUCAUUCAGGGAGACAAACUAAGCACCUUGUGGUUCUGUCUUGUGAUAAAUCCAUUAAGUAAACUGCUCAACACAUCCAGAUACGGCUACGUGGUAGAGAAGAGGAACAACACCAAAAUAAACCACCAACUCUACAUUGAUGAUCUGAAACUGUAUGCCGCCAACGAAGAACAACUAAUGAGAGAACUCAAAAUAGUGGCUUCAUUCACUGAAACUAUAAAAAUGGAGAUGGAGCUGGAUAAGUGCGCUGUACUUCACGUGAAGAGGGGAAAGUUAACAGAAGGUGAAGCAAUGAGGGUUCAAGAACAAAUUACAAUCCAAACACUGGGACCGGAAAAAACCUACAAAUACCUGGGCAUCCAACAAGGCCUAGAAAUAAAAAACAGUGAGGUCAAAAUUACAUUCAAAGAAAAAUUCAUAAGUAGGCUUAAAAAAAUCUUACAGAGCAAAUUGAACUCCAGAGCAAUGUUCACGUCAAUAAGCACAUGGGUGGUGCCUUGUUUAGCCUACUCGUUUGGAAUAAUCAAGUGGUCAACCGCUGACCUUAAGGCCAUCGAUACACAGGUUAGGGGACUGUUAACAAGGUAUGGAAUGCACCACCCAAACGCCUCCGUCAACAGACUUUACAUGCCGAGAAAAGAUGGCGGAAGGGGAAUACAGGACAUUGAAACUGCACACUACAACACAGUCAAAGAAAUGAGAGAAUACUUCAAAUCAAAAAACUUACCUUUCUUCAAAGCACUAUCUUCAGAGGAUGACAAUAUAACAGCAUUAAACCUGUUAUCGAAUAGUGAUCCAAUCGCACCCCCCACCAUCCAGGAGUUAUCCGAGGUAUGGCAUGGCAGGGCCCUCCAUGGUAGAUUCCCAACAGUCCUGAAACAUAGAAAAAUUGAUAAGGAUCGAUCGCUUGCAUACCUUAGAGCUGGUUACCUUUUCCCGGAAACGGAAGGCAGAUUAACAGCCAUACAAGAUCAGGUUGUGGCCACCAGAGCAUACCUAAAAAACAUAAUAGGGAAAAAUCUUACCACAGAUAGAUGCCGCAAAUGCUCAAAAUCACCUGAGACAAUACAGCAUGUCACGUCGUCCUGUUCCAUCCUCGCACUUAGAGAAUACACUGAUCGCCACAACGCCAUGGCAAAGGCAUACCAUCAAGCACUUGCCAAGAAACAUGGAUUAAUCGAAACAAUACGGCCGAUAUAUGAAUACUCACCAAAAGAGAUCCUGGAAAACGAAGAGGUAAAGAUUUAUUGGGACCAUCCACUCGUAACAGAUAGAUCCAUUCCACACAAUCGUCCCGACAUUGUUCUCUUCGAAAAAACACUCAAGAAACUAAUUAUAGCUGAUGUUACCAUUCCAGCUGAUGACAAUGUUGAGAGAGCAUACAUCGAGAAAAUCAUAAAGUAUCAUGAUCUGUCCUUCGAGUUGAAAGAAAUUUAUGGAUUUACCUGCUCGACAAUCCUUCCACUCGUCAUUACAACUAACGGUCUAGUCGAAACACAUUUGCUGGAGAACACAACGAAGCUCGGCCUCGAUGAGAGCAUAAUUGGCGAUGCACAGAAGGAGGUUAUCCUGUGGACCACACGGAUCGUGCCUAAAAGCGUUUUUAAAGGUUCUGGUGGUGGUUUUAGCGGUGGCAGUGAUAUUUUUCCAGAUGCGCAACAUAAACCAGAUGAUUCACCUUUGUACUUGAAAGCAUGA